UGACCACGAUCUCAUGAAACAUCCACACUUCUUGGAGAAUCAAGUACGMAGAGAAAUCAAAUAUGCGAUGACCUCUCUGCCCUGCAUCAGCGUUCCCACUGUGGCCUUGUUUUUCGCUGAAGUUCGAGGAUACAGCAAACUGUACGACAGCGUCGAUGACUCCCCGUUGGGUUGGUCAGGGCUUUUCCUGAGUAUGAUCUCCUUCCUGUUUUUCACCGACAUGUGCAUCUACUGGGUUCACCGCUUCCUGCACCAUAAGCUUAUUUACAAGUCGUUUCACAAACCGCACCACGUCUGGAAGAUCGCCACUCCCUUCGCCAGCCACGCCUUCCACCCGGUGGACGGCUUCCUGCAGGGCCUCCCGUACCACAUCUACCCCUUCCUCUUCCCCCUCCACAAGGUGCUCUACCUGGCUCUGUACGUGUUCGUCAACAUCUGGACCAUCUCCAUCCACGACGGCGACUACCGCGUUCCCAGCGCCCUGUCGAGCGUCAUCAACGGYGCGGCCCACCACACCGACCACCACCUCUUCUUUGACUUCAACUACGGCCAGUACUUCACUCUGUGGGACCGGCUGGGCGGCUCCUACAGGCAGCCGUCGGCUCUGAUGGGGAAAGGCCCCCUCGACCUGAUCCGGAAACUUCAGGCAGAAGGAAAGCUCGGUAACGAUACGGCAAAGGUGAACGGACUCGCUCAGAGAGGAGCCUCGUGCAAGCAGGAGUAGAGUUGAGUUAAAGGAAGUGACUAAAAAAACUGUCCCACAAUGAUCUGAGUUCAUAUUUGCCAAAUAAGAUUUUAAAUUCAGAACGCAGUGCAAACUGGGAGGUGGCAAAUAAAGGUUUUGGGCUGUGGAUUCAGCUGAGAGACUCGAGGAGCUGCAGGAAGCUGCAGCAAGGCAAAGUUUGAACAAAAAACAGAGAUGUGGUCAAACAUUAGAAACAUUGUAGACAUUAAAAUAAACAUCUGUUCAACAGAAAGAUCUUCGGGUAAACUGAGUUCAAAGCUUUAAAUCCAAUUAUUUUUUUACUUAAAUUUUACAAAAAAGUAGCUUUAAAAUUGCACAAUGUAGUUGUUUUUGUUAAGUUAAAAGAAGUAGCUAAACUAAAUCUCUUUCAGCCAUUUUUAAAGAUGUUUUUUUUUUCUUUGUGAUGAAAAUCCUUAUCAAACCUGCUUUUCUGGUUCUAUUGAUCUGGAUAUGUGCUUAUUUUGAUWUAUAAUAAUUCAUACAAAGAUUGUAAAUAAAUUAAAUCAUGUCUGUUAGUCGAUAUGGAAAAAAUUAAAAUAAU